AUGUGGAGGACGGCGCCGCCAAGGGGGAAGAGGGGAUACGGGCCCUUCCGGGCGGAGGGCGGCACGUCGGCGGAGCUGCGGCAGCCGCUGGUAGCGGUGGCCGUCGACAGGGACAAGCCCAGCCAGAGCGCCCUCAAGUGGGCCCUCGACAACAUCGUCCCCCGCGGACAGACCGUCAUGCUCGUUCAUGUCGCCUCCAAAUUCGCUUCGCCUACCGUCUCCUCUCCUCCCCGUUCUCUAUCAGGCACUCUCUCUCUCUCUCUCGCUCUCUCUUUCUCCCUCUCUUUUUCUCUCUCUCACACGCACCUUUUCAAUGGUCGUCGUCGUUUUGCAGAGGACUGUGGCGAUCUCCGUGCGAAGGACAUCUUCCUCCCCUUCCGGUGCUUCUGCGCGAAGAAAGACGUGAGCGACGCCGCACCUCUGCGAUCAUGUCGCGGUCUACGUUGACGUUCAUUUCGGGAGACGUGCGAAGGACAUCUGACGUUGUUGAUGAGCUAACUAAAAAUUUCUUGGCCUCGGGACGCAGGUGCGGUGCAAGGACGUGCUGCUGGACGACAACGACGUGGCGAAGGCCAUCACAGAGUUCCUCGCGCGGUCUGCGGUCGAGAAGUUGGUCAUCGGCCUCCCUUCCCGGAAUUCCUUCGUCAGGUGCUCCUCUGAGCUUUCUGUCUCCUUCCUCCCGUCGGAUUUCAUGGAGACCUUCGUCGUCCCUCCGCUAAAGCCGUCUGGCUAUUCCGGCAGACGGUUCAACCCGACGGAGCGAGACAUUCCCACCGCCAUUUGCAGAGGAGCCCCAGACUUCUGCACCGUCUACGUCGUCGGCAGAGGGAAGGUGGCCUCGCUGCGGAAGGCCGUCCGACCAGCUCCGAUCAUGUGCCCUCUCCACCCGCUGGACAAUCUCCUCGACACGAAGGGACAUUUCAAGUGAGUUCUACCGCUGCGAACCCUCGUCCAUCUGAGGAUCCUUCUGCUUCUCAUCUGUUGUAAUGAGAGGAAACACAUGAUCGUCAACCAGGUCUUCGUUGCCCAGAGGGCCGAGAGGUCUGCUCGCAAAGGCGUCCGGCGAUCGGAGGUCGCCGGAGACGAGGAUGUCCUUUGGCAGCCCCGGCAGGCUCAGCGUGGAGGACAGUUCUCCGCCUUCGCCACUCUACGAUCGCCAUCUCGAUAUCGACCCUUCUUCUUCGAGGCUCUCCAUUGCCUCGGAUGGCUUCGACCUGCUCCUGGGCACAUCUCACCGAAGGACAAGGGACGAAAGCUUCGAUUUCUCUGCGCUCUCUCAGGAGAGCGCCAGGUCGUCCUGGUCGUCUCAGGUGACGACGGAGAGCCCACAAAUCCAUACAUUAGAUUGCCGAUAAACUGGUUGACAAUCAGUCUCCGUGGGCAACCCAGAUGGAUCAAUAAUGCAUGCACGUUUCGCGUGUUGCAGGAGGAGGUAGAGAUGGAGAUGAGGAGGUUGAGGCAGGAGCUCAAGCAAACCAUAGACAUGUACAGCACAGCCCGCCAGGAGGCACUGAGCGCCAAGCAGAUGGUAGAGGAAUUGAAGAAAAUGUUGUGCGAGAAGAAACUGAAGUUUGCUUCCCACCGGAGGAGGCUAAUCGAAAAUCUACCCUACCGUUUGCAGGCCAGAGAGCUCCGUCUUUGGAAGAAGGAAGAGGAGCAGAGACUGGAGAAUGCCCGUGCAGCCGAGGCGGCGGCGCUGACCAUGGUGGAGAAGGAGAAGGCCAAGUCCAAGGCGGCGGCGGAGGCUGCGGAAACGGCGCGGAAGAUGGCGGAGAUGGAAGCUCGGAGGAGGAGACACGCCGAGAUGGCUGCGUCCAAGGAAGCGGAGGAGAGGACUAAAGCCCUGGUGUCGCUGGCAGAGAGCGACACGAGAUACAGGAGGUACAGCAUAGAGGAGAUCGAAGCGGCGACGGACUUAUUCGCGGAGAACCGCAAGAUUGGAGAAGGAGGGUACGGCCCGGUGUUCAGGGGAUCCCUGGAUCACACGCCGGUCGCCAUCAAGAUCCUCCGUCCCAACGCCGCCCAGGGGAGAUCCCAGUUCCAGCGGGAGGUGAACUAACAAUCCAAGUUCCCUCCUUUUGACGCUCUGAUCUCCACAGCCAUCAUCAUCAUCAUCGUCAUCAUCAUCUUCCUAUCUCUGGAACUUGCAGAUCGAAGUGCUGAGCUGCAUUAGGCACCCCAACAUGGUCCUCCUCCUGGGAGCCUGCCCCGAGUACGGCUGCCUGGUGUACGAGUACAUGGAGCAGGGCAGCCUGGAGGAUCGCCUGUUCCAGAGGGAGGGCACCCCCGCUCUCCCAUGGGAGCUCCGGUUCAAGAUCGCCGCCGAGAUCGGUACCGGGCUCCUCUUCCUCCACCAGACCCGACCGGAGCCGGUGGUCCACCGGGACCUCAAGCCCGGCAACAUCCUCCUCGACGGCAACUUCGUCAGCAAGAUCGCCGACGUGGGACUCGCCCGCCUGUUGCCCGCCACCGACAAUGUCACGCAGUGCCGCAUCACCUCCACCGCGGGGACCUUCUGCUACAUCGACCCCGAGUACCAGAAGACGGGCAUGUUGGGGACCAAGUCCGACAUCUAUUCCUUCGGAGUCAUCCUGCUGCAGCUGAUCACCGGACAGCCGCCGAUCGGCUUGGCCCACCGCGUGGAGCGCGCCAUCGAGGAGGGCGCCUUCGAGGGCAUGCUGGACCCGGCGGUGCACGACUGGCCGUUGAAGGAAGCUCUGAGUUUGGCGAAGAUGGCGGUGAAAUGCGCGGAGCUGAGGCGGAAGGACCGCCCCGACCUCAGCACGGUCCUUCUGCCAGAGCUGAACCGGCUGAGAGCGAUGGCCGAGGAGAGCCUGCACCGCGGGGUUCUGGGCCGCGCAGACUUGCCGGAUGACGACACCCAGACUUCCAUCUGCAACGUAAGCCGAGAAGACCCUCCGAUCCUCCUCACUCCUCCUCCAUCUUGGAACUCUCCGGACACGAUAUUCACGAGAUUUCCUGAGAACGGAUCGGAUCGUUCAUUCGUUCGAUUGUUCGAAAUGAUUGCAGGAGACCAUGAGCGACCACCAGGUGCAGUCGUCGUGCGAGAGCUCGAAGAGCAAGUCCAGUGGGCCGUAAGGUCAGGGGACAAGCGGCGGCGCCGGAGAGGUUGGAAGCCCAGACCCCUUCCCACUCGGGGGGUGAUGAUGGACGAUGCCCCUCCCGUGUGCGCCCUCGAAAAGCUCUCCUUGUAUAUUUGUACAUAUUACAGUUCAUCAAUGCAGAAGAUACUCAUCCCCACAUCCUCCAAGAAGCUCCAUGGGGAUCCCUUCUAA